ACAUUCGUUGGUGUCAUAUCAUGGCGACCUAAAUGUCAGCGUGGAGUAAUUCUAAGUCGCAAGUUACAGCCGAGCUUUGUGAUUAAAUGUAGUUUUUUUUGCAGUGUCAUUUAUUAGAUUAAAAAUACAAAUAUAAUUGUAAUUAUGCCGGAAACGAACAGCCAAACGGUCUCGAUGGUCACGUGCACGGCGCCAGUGAACAUCGCUGUUAUUAAGUACUGGGGUAAACGAGAUGAAGAGCUGAUCCUGCCCAUCAACUCCUCACUCAGUGUGACUUUGCAUCAGGACCAGCUUAAAACAACCACGACAGUCGCAUGCAGCAGAAAUUUUCAGGAGGACCGCAUCUGGCUGAACGGCAAAGUAGAAGACAUCAAGCAGCCCAGAUUGCAGUCAUGUCUUCGUGAGAUUCGAAGGUUAGCGCGGAAAAGACGUAACGAUGAAGACCCGAAUGCCGAGGUCACGCUUUCUCAUCGGGUGCAUAUCUGCUCUGUGAAUAACUUCCCUACAGCAGCUGGGCUGGCGUCUUCUGCAGCCGGAUAUGCCUGCCUGGUGUACUCGCUGUCCCGUUUGUUCGGUGUGGACACGGAGCUGUCGGUGGUGGCACGCCAGGGAUCGGGCAGCGCCUGCAGGAGUAUGUAUGGAGGCUUUGUGCAGUGGAAGAUGGGCGAAAGACAGGACGGGAAAGACAGCGUGGCUGAGCAGGUGGCACCAGAGACACACUGGCCUGAGCUCCGGGUUCUCGUCCUGGUUGUCAGUGCAGAGCGGAAGCCCAUUGCAAGUACUUCAGGCAUGCAGACGAGCGUACAGACGAGCAAACUGCUGAAGCACCGUGCGAACAGUGUGGUCCCCGCUCGGAUGGACGAUAUGAUCGAGGCCAUUCGGAAGCGAGACUUUGCGGCGUUCGCUGAACUCACCAUGAAAGACAGCAACCAGUUUCACGCCACCUGUCUGGAUACGUUCCCACCUAUCUUCUACCUCAAUGACGUUUCACGCAAAGUCAUAAACCUGGUGCAUCGUUACAAUCAGCAUUACGGAGAAACCAGAGUUGCGUACACUUUUGAUGCAGGGCCUAACGCGGUGAUCUUCCUCCUGCGUGACAGCGUGCCCGAAUUUAUCCAGACCGUUCGCCAUUUCUUUCCUCCAGAAUCUAACGGUGGCGAGUUUGUAAAAGGACAUCCUGUACCCUCUGCCUCGUUGUCUGACCAGCUGAUCAGAGACAUCAGCAUGGAGACGAGCCCGAGAGGAAUCAGCUACAUCAUCAGCACUAAGGUUGGCCCUGGUCCUUGUGUUUUGGACGACCCAACGCUUCACCUGUUAGGUACAGAUGGACUUCCCAAGAAAGCUACCUGAGUAAAAAUGGGCUUGAUGCAGAAUAUCUACUUCCCCAGAGUAAAAAAGCAAUUAAGAUAUAAAUGAUUUACACCAAGAAUUAUUAUUAUUAUUAUUAUUAUUAUUAUUAUUAUUAUUAUUAUCAUAAAUAAUAAUUAAAAUUUCUGUAUGCAUUUUUGUGCCCAGAAUUUUUACCUUCUUGUCUUUUUGCAUAAAUAUUUCUGUCAAAGUAUUUUUCUAGAUUUUGAAAAAAUGCUAUUUGAAAAUACAUGUACUGAUCACA